AUGGAACCUACUAGAAAAUCUGUGACCGUUUCCGACAAACUGAAAAAACUAUCGCAGAAACUUGAGAAUUCUGUUACAAGAGAGUAUAUGGAGUCUUUAAUCACGAAGCUGAAAGAAGAACUGCAAACAGAAAUCCACAGAGAAAACGGAGAAUUUAUUAACUCUCUUAAAUGGAGGAUAAGUACAUUAGAGACAGAAAAUGAAGAUUUGAAGGAGAGAGUUAGUGUACUAGAACAGAGAGAAACGGAAUCCGAAGUCCUCGUAAGCAACUUGGAAAACCAGUUAAACGACCUAGAACAGCAAGGUCGAAAGAACUCUGUUCGGAUCGCUGGUCUCCAUGAUCAUUCACCUAAAGAAUCUGUGGAAGACUGUGUUAAGAAAGUAGUUGACUUUGCUAACUCACAGCUGAAAGUACUCCUAAGCCCGGAGGAUAUUGACAUCGCCCACAGACUGGGAAGAUUUAACCCCGAAAGAAAGAGACCCGUCAUUGUUAAAUGCACACAUGGACGAAAGAAGCAUGAGAUCAUCAGGACUCGGAGGACACUAAAAGGAUCUGGAUUCACUGUAUGGGAGGACUUGACAAAAAUCAACCAACAGAAACUUAGUGAAGCUUUUCGGAUGGAAUGUGUUCAGAAUUCUUACAGCAUCGACGGAAAACUUUUUGUUGUUUUGAAGAACGGAAGAAGAAGUAGAAGAAGACUUUUCCAUGAUACUAGGCUCACAAAGCAGUAUCUCGAGAAUGACGCUAAUUUCAACUAA